UUUACAAGGUAAUAUCACAACAUAUACACUUACAGAGCAACGUCUAAGUCUAAAAGUACUUAGCUGGUUGAUUGUGAGUUCAGUCUGACACUACCACCACUUUAGAUUGCAACACUCACACACACACGCUCUGUGAGUUAAAUAUUAGUGCCGCGGUAAUGUCGGGAAGUGACAGCCCAACGUUUUUUCACGGCCAACCCUGGUCCAGCUGGAUCGAGAGGAUCGGCAGAGACAAGCCACUGAGUGAUGAGGAACCAGAAGCGGAACCAGCGAGCUCCGUUACUCGCCUGUCAGCAGAUGACAUUGAUCUUUAUGGAUUUUGCCCGGAGCGAGACACAUUCUAUGGGGUCGUCUGCGAGAUUUGUAAUGCCAUCGUCAAACCUCAGGCUCUCAUCCAGCAUAUGGAGAGUCGACACGCAUCGGGGACUGUCAACUUGCCUCCACCAUCAGCACCAGCUUCCAAGACCCCCGUGAAAACCCCAUAUUGCAAAGUCUCGAAGCUCACCAAAAAGAGCCAACCAACGACGCCCUCCUCGGCUGGGACCGCCACGGGCGGUGGGAAUAGCUCAGCCACGAGCAACUCUAAAAUCAACUACUCGUCGGUCAAAAGGAACGCCGAGCAAGCAAACCUCCAGCAGCCGGCGUUGGCGAACGCGUCGCCGAGGUCGCCGCUCGACUCGAUUGGGAUCUCCAGCAACUCAGCCCUCUCCGGGUUGCCCUCCAGUCCGGUCAAAAGCCCCAGCAGCAACGGGAACUCCACCAAUGCCACCAGCAACAACAAUACCAGCAACAGCACCACCAACAACAACAACAACAACAACAACAACAAUAACAACAACAACAACAACAACGGUACCUCAGCAAACUCCACUGGUGCGACGUCUACGUCCACGACGGGCCCCGGGCAAAGGCGAAAGCGUCUCAAGGCAGACCGCGGGCUCGUCAAGGACAGAGAGUACGACCCGGACAGGCACUGCGGGGUCUGGAUCGAGGAGACGGGGAAAACCUGCACCAGGUCUCUCACCUGCAAGGCUCACACGGUCUCGCUGCGUAGAACAGUCAUCGGUCGGAGCAAAAGCUUCGACAAGCUCCUCGCCGACCACCGGGCUUCGAAGGAGCUCCCGAAUAGGACGCCGAAAGUAACCGUCACCGGGACUGUAACUGUCUCGACGGCUUCCGUCUCCGGAUUGACCGGAGUUUCUGGGGCGACGGCUGGUGUUGGUCUUGUUGGAAACAGCAACGACAGCGAGGCUCCUGGGUCACCGCCUGUUUUAUCUCUACCGGACACUUAUCCACUGCCAAAGGCUGUUGAUUUGCUUUAUCGGUGUCUGGCCCCGCAUGGCUCCACUAUACCUACUAAGCUGGAAGAGGAUUUUGCUAAUGAGGAAUUGAGACUGGAGGCCUCCAGGUCCGCUGCCAAUCCCGUCAAUCCUGCCGUGGUAUCCUCAUCCCCGCCAUCAACUGGACCACCACCUUCGUCAUCAUCAUCAUCAUCAACACCGUCGUCAUUGGCGCCAACCACAUCCAAGUCAAUGCUGCCGCCGAUUUCAGUGGUGCUGCCUUCGCUGUCCCCGAUCGCCAACGACACGUCUCAGCACAUAUCCACGCUGAUCCCCGUUACCUCGAGCCUGUCCUCGGUUGUUUCAGCCUCGCUAGCGGCGCCCCAGCCCCAACUUCCCAGCACUGUCCUCGAAGGGGAGACCACGUGUGACGACGAGUCCGAGAGCAUGACUCUCUACUCCCCGGUAUCGAUCUUCAAAGACACCAAGCCAGCCCAGGUCGUCAUACAGAUUCCUCGGGUGAAUCCUGGCAGCAACAUCACUGCCAACAACAGCAUAAACAUCAACAUCAACAGUAACAGUUUGUUACAACAACAACAACAACAACAACAACAACAGCAACAAUCAUCGUCGUCAUCAUCAUCUGGUCAUCAGCACCAGCCGUCAUCGAUGACAGCAGCGACUGGGUCAGCCUUGGCCAGAAACAGUUAUCAAGGCUCGUCGAUGCCCAGUCUUGCGUUUGAUGACCAACUGGAUCACCCGAAGCUCGCCAACGGCAAGAGGCUUAACAAUAAUAACGCCAGCGCCAAUCAUACUAAUUCUCUUCUCCUCAGUCCCAUGGGCAGUUCCAGUACCACCAGCAGCAGCAACGCCACCAGUAGGUCUUCCAAACGAAGCAAGCAUGAGUAUCAUCACCAAACGGAAUUCCCUCGGUCUAUCCAGGUCGAAGCUACCACGACUUCGACGCCCUACUCGUCACACUUUAGUGACAUUGCCUGGUCUAACUGCCACCCUGAACCUCUCGCGGUCAGCCGGUGGCUGCGUAUCACCUCCACCCGUAAGCAGUACAACUUCAAUAUUCACUGACAUAAGAUCCCACCCACUCCGGGCUGAGGACUCGAACGUGCUGCUGCUGCUGCUGCUGCUGCUGCUGCUACUGCUGCUGCUGAUAAUGAUGACCGUAUGCCUUGUUUGCUUCUUCGCCAAUUACUGCAGUGCCGAGUCCAAAGCCCGUCGAGUGGGGUCACUAAUAAUCUUCGUAAUAACCACAACAAUCAUCAAAUUUAGGUUUUUUUUUUUUAAUUAUCAUUGUUUUUAUCACUUUGUUUUAUUUUACCAGAUAUGACGAUUGAAUUGAUUUACGUUAUUCCGGGCUUUCAUUUUAAAUUAUUCCGAUUUGUAAUUAAAUUUUUAUGCUUUUAUUCGUUAACGAAAUUUUAAAUCUGCAUGAGUGCUGUAAAUUAUCAUGGCUUUGAUAUUUUUAAAUACUGUAAAUAUUUAUUACGAUAAUUAUUAUUAUUACUUUGACACGAUAACGUAGAGCUUAAAUUUUCAGUUUAAAAUAUGUCCUUCGUACUAGAUGUUUAUAUUUUUUUAUUCGUAAUGUGAUCUCUUUUAUUUCUUUUUUUUUUUUUUGUCUCUCUGUCAUUAAUUGUGCGCGUGAAUUAGUAUAAAUUGAUAAAAAUAAUUAUAUAAAUAUG